UAACUCCAACAUUAAUGAGUCAAAGUCAAAGACUAUGGACCAUGAUCAAGGUACAUAUAAAGAUAUACAUAGAACAGAGAGAACAAUGUCUCAAACAAGAUGGUAGAAGAGGAAUCCAUCAUAGAGAAGGUGGAAGAGUACACCAAGAACGCAGGGUUUCACCAGUUGGAAACUCUACGCUCAAUCCUUCAACACAAUUCAAACGUGCAAUAUCUCCAACCAUUUAUCUCUCAUCUUGAUGUGAAUACUUUCAGGACUAUGGUGCCUCUGUCUUCCUAUGAUGACUAUGAUGACUACAUCAAUCAAAUGGCAGAACAUGGAAAACAACAUCAUGAUCCUCCUCUUCUCUCUGUUGAUCCCCUCCUCUGCUUCUUCUACAGCUCAGGAACAAGCUCCAUGAAGCCCAAAUUGAUCCCUUAUUUUGAUUCAACCCUUUCCCAAGCUGCAUCCUUUAUUGCUCACAGAGGCAGCACUGCAGUUCUUCACAGGUUCUUUCCUCCAAGGCCAGGGAUCAACAAGAUCCUUUGGUUUCUCUAUGCUGACAAUAUCACAACUACUAAAUGCGGCUUCAAGGUUAUGGCUGCAUCUUCUUACUCUUUGCAGAGUGGUAAGGCCAAACCUCAACAACUUGCUGUCUAUUCAAGCCCUCCACAAGUGUUUCUUGGAUCUUUUGUUGAGCAUCAAAUGUAUUGCCACCUUCUCUGCGGCGUAAGGAAUCUCGAAGCAAUCGAUGCUAUUCGAACCCCUUAUGCUGUAGGAUUGGUUAAGGCUUUUGGCCUUCUAGAGUCCAAAUGGGAGCAGCUUUGUGAUGAUCUUGAAUGUGGCUUCCCAAGUAUUGAAGUUUCAGAUGUGGCAAUGAGGGAAGAUGUGAUUAAAGCACUUGGAGGGCCUCAACUGGAAUUGUCAAACAGAAUAAGGUUAAUUUGUAGAGGUAAUAAUGAUAAUUGGGGUGGUAUUGUUUAUAGAUUGUGGCCAAAUAUUCGUUAUAUAAGGUGUGUUUGCACUGGAAGCAUGAUGCAGUAUUAUCCAAAGCUGAAGUAUUAUGCAGGAGAGGUACCUAUUGUUGGAGGAGAUUACUUUGCUUCUGAGUGCUGUGUUGGCAUAAAUUUAGACAUAAUGCAACCUCCUGAGACGACACGAUUCGUGAUACUUCCAACGGCUGCAUACUUUGAGUUUCUUCCAUUUAACAUGAAUGAGGAGAGCAAUGAUGCUGCUGAUGAAACAGUGGAUCUUAGCAGUGUAGAGGUUGGGAAGAUGUAUGAAGUGGUUGUUACUACUUAUAGAGGAUUAUAUCGCUAUCGGUUAGGCGAUGUAGUGAAAGUUGUUGGAUUCUAUAACAAAUCUCCAGAAGUAGAAUUUGUGAUGAGAGCACCUAAAACUCAUGCUGAGAUUCUAACAGAGAAGGACUUGGUUUCAGCAAUUGAAAACUUUCAACUUGCAGUAAGGGGUGCCAUGAUGAAAAUAGAGAUAGUUGAGUUUGCAAGUUUCUUGGACCAGGAAUCACAGCCAAAGCAGAUGAAGGUGUUUGCAGAAGUUCAAGAGGAAUCUGAUUUCAUGGAGGACAAACUAGAAGAGUCAACAAUGAUAUUGAAAAGGUGUAUUUCCUCACUUGAAAGUGGCUUUGGAGCUUUGUACAAGGUGGAGAAGGAUAAGGGUCAAGUAGGGAACUUAGUGGUAUUCAUUCUAAGGCCUGGAGCAUUUGAUAAGUUAUAUGAAGUAGCCAUUAGAAAUGGAACACCAGCUAGUCAAUAUAAACCACCCAAGAUUAUAAGAAAUCAUGAAAUUGUCACACUCUUGCAAAAAUAUAGUUUUGUGACAUUGAAUGAUAUUUAGUUUAUAAGCAGCAUUGAAUAAUUUACU